AUGAACGGCACCGCACUUUCACGCGUAUCCAGCGCUUCCACCGAUUCGCCCAUAAUGCGCUCCGAGAGUCCCUACGACGGCCCCUCUGGCCCCUCGCACCCGUAUCAGAUGUACCCCCAGCGAACAAACAGUGUGGCGACGUCAUCCACCGCCCGUAUGUCAGAACGGUCGUACGCUGGCCCCCGUGGCCCGACCCAUCCGUACACUCUCUACACACAGAACACGGUGCCGGUGGAUUCCGGUGAAGGUGACAAUAUUCCCGUGGGGUUCGGACGCUCUGAUAACUAUCAGCGACGUAUGGGACCCGAAGGGGAGGAAAUUGCCGACUUGAUCGGUCCCUUGGGGCAUACCGAAGAGCUCCCUCCAUACACCAGGUAUCCAGAGCAGGCAUACGCGAGAAAACAGCCCGGCGAUCUGCCCCAGGCUCAAUCGCAAGAUCAUCAGCAGCACCAAGAUCAACCUCACCAGCAGCUCUCGCCACAACCAUCGGGCCAGCAACCACAACCGCAACCGCAACCACAAUCACAACCACAAAACACGGUAACGGUCAUGGCUGCCUCUGUCCCCCCUGCAGUGAUUCCCGGCGCUGGUGGUCUCGGACUCGCAACAAGAAACCCCGAGUUUGAGUCUCGUGAAGACCUUCGUUUGCCGUCGCGCAUGUCAUCAAGGACUUUGACUUCAGACACUGCAAGCCAACACGAAAUCAACACUGCUGCAGAGGCUUAUGCCGAGAAGGCCACCGAUCGCAAGUGGCAGAAGAGGGCCAAGAAAAGAAUGUUUGGCGUCAUCCCGUACUGGGCGAUCUGCUUGUUGGCAGUUGGGUUGGUGCUGAUGUAA